AUGGCAUAUCAGACUGGUAUAAGAGCUGAUUCUACUUUGUUGAAAUUUUUUGAACAAUGUAAAGAAGGAAAAGUUCGUAUGGGAAAAAUUGUCAUUAAAAAAGAAGUUUUAUCUGUUAACUAUCAAUAUGAAGGAACAAAUGAUUGGAAAGCUGAUUGGUCAGCAAUAUUUCCACAAUGUCUUGAUUCAUUUGAACCAUGUUAUAUUUUAUUCCGUUUAACAGAAAAAAAUGAAUGGAUAUUUGUAACUUUUGCUGAUGAUCUAGCACCAGUUAGAGAAAAAAUGCCAUUAGCAGCAACAAGAGCAACUUUUAUGUCUGAGUUUGGACAAAGUUUUAUUAUUCACAAUUGGCACUUUACUAACAAACAUGAUUUUGAUUUAGAUAAAAUUGAAAGAAGAAUAGCUGGAAUUUCUGAAAAACCAAUGACAGAAGUUGAACGUCAACUUGAUUAUGCUUCAAGGGAACGUGCUCAUGUACCAUUACCAAAUAUUUUUCCAAUGCAAACCUUAAGAGGUUGUACCUUUCCAAUUGAUAGAGAUGCUCUCAAUGAACUUGAAAAUUUUAAAAAUGGUUUGAUAGACUUUGUUCAACUUAGUAUUGAUACAUUAAAUGAAGCUAUCAAACUUGAAGAAACCAAAGACAAACUUGAUGUUUCUCAAUUACAAAGCGCAAUUCCAAAAAAACAACCAAGAUACUCUUUCUAUAGAUAUCACAAUAAGGCUGAUGAUAGUGAUAAAGUUUUUUUCAUUUAUAGUUUACCACCAUCAGCUGAAGUUUCAGUAAAAGAACGUAUGCUUUAUUCAAGUUGCAAACUUUCAUUCCUAGAUAACGUCAAAAAUGAAUGUAACAUUGAUGUUUCAAAAAAGAUUGAGGUGGACAGUAAGGAUAAAUUAGAUGAUGCAACAUUGUCAUCAUACUUUGCACCUGAAGAACCAAUUAAAAAGCAAAAUUUUAUUAAGCCUGCUCCACCAAGCAAGACACCACGUAGACUUAUCCGGGAUCUUCCACAAACUACUGCUAUUUAA